AUGGAUGAUAAUGAUCAAUCGGAGUUCAUUCCUUUUCAAUCCAGAAAAACUCAUUGGGGAUCAAAAGAUCAUCGUCCUGUAGUCCAAAAUGUUGCAACUAUCCUUCCACCAGGACUUCCUCCACAAAUUUUAAAAACAUUAUUAUUAAGAAUCCAAUUAGAAGAUGCACAGUACAAUUUAUCACAUAUAAAUACAGAAAAAGAGUAUAUAAAUUGGCUUGAAAACUCUAUCGACUAUUCUUCAUGGAAUGGCGAAUCAGAAAAUGCUAUUAUCUCAAAAGCAAAGGAGAAUUGCCUCAAGGAAAUAAAUGAAAUUAACAAGGAAAUGGAGUCGUUGUAUCCUAGCAUUUUACCAGUUUCUAAAUAG